GCCAGGCUGCUGGCCCCGCUGCUCCGUGCUCGCUCCCCGGCGCCAUGGCGCGCUCUGAGGAGGUGCAUCGUCUCACCGAGACCGUCUACAAGACAAUCAUGGAACAGUUCAAUCCCAGCCUCAGGAACUUCAUUUCCAUGGGGAAGAACUAUGAAAAAGCCUUGGCAAGUGUAACGUAUGCUGCAAAAGGCUAUUUUGAUGCUCUGGUUAAAAUGGGGGAGUUGGCCAGUGAAAGCCAAGGAUCUAAAGAACUGGGGGAUGUUCUCUUCCAGAUGGCAGAAGUUCACAGACAGAUUCAAAAUCAGUUGGAAGAGAUGCUGAAGUCUUUUCACAAUGAGCUACUGACACAACUGGAGCAGAAAGUAGAACUGGAUUCCAGGUAUCUAAGUGCUGCACUGAAGAAAUACCAGACUGAGCAAAGGAGCAAAGGGGACGCGCUAGAGAAGUGCCAGGCAGAGCUGAAAAAACUUCGGAAGAAGAGCCAAGGGAGCAAAAACCCUCAGAAGUACUCGGACAAGGAGCUGCAGUACAUUGAUGCUAUUGGCAACAAACAAGGUGAGCUAGAAAACCACGUCUCUGAUGGCUAUAAGACAGCGCUCACAGAGGAGAGGAGACGGUUCUGCUUCCUGGUAGAGAAGCAGUGUGCUGUGGCUAAGAACACCAUCUCCUACCAUGCCAAGGGGAAAGAGAUCUUGACACAGAAGCUCCCGAUCUGGCAGCAGUCUUGCUCGGACCCCAACAAGAUCCCAGACCGGGCUAUCCAGCUGAUGCAGCAGAUGGCCGCCAGCAGCAAUGGCACGAUCAUCCCCAGCUCCCUGUCUACAUCCAAAUCGAACCUAAUCAUCUCGGACCCUAUCCCCGGGGCCAAACCGCUCCCUGUCCCACCAGAGCUGGCGCCCUUUGUAGGGCGCAUGUCAGCACAAGAGACCAUUCCCGUGAUGAAUGGUGUCUCAGGCCCGGAGGUCGAAGACUACAGCCGCUGGUCUGAGAUGAAGCCAGCCCAGCCAAAAUCCCUAUCUCCUCCCCAGCAUCAGAAGCAACUGAGUGACUCGUACUCCAACACACUUCCUGUGCGCAAGAGCGUCGCACCGAAAAGCAGUUACGCAACCACUGAAAACAAGACCUUGCCACGCUCCAGUUCCAUGGCUGCCGGGCUUGAGAGGAACGGCAGGACUAGAGUACAGGCCAUUUUCUCUCAUGCUGCUGGUGAUAACACCACCCUCCUGAGCUUCAAGGAAGGAGACCUCAUCAUGCUCCUGGUGCCGGAGGCCCGAGAUGGAUGGCACUACGGGGAGAGUGAGAAAACAAAAAUGAGAGGCUGGUUCCCUUUCUCCUACACGCGGGUUCUUGACAGCGAUGGAAGCGACAGGUUGCAUACAAGCUUGCAACAAGGGAAAAGCAGCAGCACAGGCAACCUGCUGGAUAAGGACGACAUCGCCAUCCCGCCACCAGACUACGGCGUGUCCUCAUCACGGGUCUUCCCACCACAACCUGUCAGCACUUUCAAACAGCGACCAUACAGCGUGGCAGUGCCUGCCUUCUCCCAGGGCCUUGAGGACUAUGGAACGAGAGCUGGAAGCAGUGGCAAUGGCACUUUGGUAUCAACUGUGUGAGGACACCUGACUAGAAAUGGCAACUGCUGCUUUGAAGAGCUUUCUGCUUCUUUCCCUCUUUUCUUUUCUCCUCUUAUACUUCUUAGUUUGGAUUUUUAACUCUUGUGAUCAUCCAAGGAAACCAUGGUGCUGCUACCUUCCCCUCCCUGAUGUUUACAAUGCCCUUGUUUUGUGAAGCCUUUCAGAGCAGGAACUGCCAAACAGUGCCUGCUAAUUUUUGGAGCAGCCUGGAUGCAGUUUACAGUUACUGGGCGGAUCCAGUUUUUGUACUUUGUGAAUGUUCAAAGAUGCACUAUCCCUUUUCUGAGGCUUAACAUGAGCCACACCGUACUGACAAAAUGGAAGAAACCAUUUCCAAUAUUGAACAAAUAUGCAUGGCCUAUGGUAUUCGUACUGUUACUUCAACUCUCCUUUCCCCUUCAUUCAGAUGCCAGUUUCCUGUUUCUAAGGGGAAGGCAGGUAUAGACACUAGAGAGCUUUGGUCACGUCCCUCUCUGGGUGGCAUCCACUUUAAUUCAACCAGACUUGACCCGGUUGCUUUAAGAAAAGUGGAUAGUGCAGAGGUUUAGGCCUCAGAGAAAUGGUUGGUUCUUGGUGGGGGUUGGACAGUUCCUCUGCUCCAGCUAAUGAAACCACCAGGGCUGACUCAAGCAGCAUUGUUGGAAGGUUCAUUCUUUCUUUUGUUGUAUAUUUUGUAGCCAGGUAUUGUUACCUCACGUUCGUGCUCUGGGGGAUAAAUCGUGGUGUUAUGCAGCUUGCCAGAGCAAUCCAAAGACUCUUUUGCAUUUUGAAAUUGGACUUUAAAAAAAAAACACCUGUGUUUUGGUUUGGUUUUUCUUGGGAGGGUGGCUGGAGGGGAGAAGAAUCCCAGUGUUUAACUUCCUAAAUCAUGUCAAUCUUCUUUGUGUGUCCUGAUAACUUUAGAGACAAACACAGUAGGAUUGGAAUUAAUGGCUACUGGUAUUGCUUCUUCAAUCACUGAGUGCGGAGAGGUCACUAAGUGGCCCACACCCAGAGUACAGACUUAACCUUUUCAGUUCCGGUGAAAGUCUUCAUUGCAAAGCUGUACACACUUCCUCUGUCUGAUGUGAUUUUAAAACCUCUUGACAUGCCUGUUUACUAGGACAUUGCUGGCAAUAUACAUACAUACACACAUUACACACAGAAAAGGUUUUUUUUGUUUUAUAUAAUAGACUAUGGGCAUAUGUAAUAAGAACCUCCUGCGUUGAUGUCAUAAUUUUGCUAAAGAUUUUUAAUCCAGAAUAUUCCGUGCUAAAUGAAUGUAGAAGAUUAGCAAAAACUUGUAUGAAGAUUGUAAAGUGCUGAAAACCUUUUUUAAAAGCUGAAGAGAAAUGUGCCCUGU